AUGCUUUCCAAAUGGAGGCUGCUUCUUGACUCCUUAGAACUCAAGGAACUCAAGGUUAGUUUCCCAAUUAAUUUCUUUCUUUGCUUCCUUUUUGGCUUCUUCUUCGCUUUCCUGCACAUGGCCGCGCACCUACAUCAAUCAUCAACAUCUCAUCGCGUCAACAUGAAGCCGGUGCAGCCAAAGUCCGAGCAUGACCUCGACGGCAUGCAUAUCAAUAUGGAUGACAUCGACAAGAUGAUCUCCGAGUCGAUUAACGACGAAAACAAAAGAGCUGAUCUGGAAGGACCGGCGCAAAAAAGACCUCGAUUACAAGAAGGUAAUUUGGACCUUGAAUUUGAAAAGGCGAUUGAAGACCAUCAACGAGAACUCACAAAUCCACCAGAAGAGGCUCAGGGCGAUGCUCUGACUGCAGUGCACCACGACCCACAAGUUCCCCAUGGCCAUGACCCCCACCACAAUCAUGAUCAUACCCCCCACCAUAACCAUGACCCCCGAUUACAUUCUGAAGGUUCACAUUCGGUGGUUGCAGGUACAAGUGAUUCCGUAGACGCAGCGGGUUCCGGUGAUAACAAUGCAUCUCUGUCGUCGGUGGUUCAUGAGGGCAUAACCAUACCGGCUGAUUCCGAAUUACUCAAUACCAACACGGCAUUCGCCGCAUACACAGCGCUUUCCAGCUCGCUCCCACCUCUUGCCCUGGUCACCAGUGCUCAUUUGGCAGCGCUUCCGCUUCCGAUUGUGGCUCCAGAUUAUGUUGCUCCUCGGAUCCAAUUGCUUGUAAAUUCGCUUCCUACUCUCGAUAAUUUGGCUACUCAAAUUCUUCGAAUGGUGGCUGUCGGACCGUACCAGAAAGUUGUGGAGCUUGCUUCAAACCCUGAUUCUGCGGCGGGAGCGGCUUAUCGUGAUCUCACCUCACUUUUUGAAUUUACGAAACGAUUGUAUCUGGAAGAAGAUCCGUUUUUAUCGGUGGAACACAUAGCACCUGGAAUGUGGAAAGAAGGCGAUCAAACGCCCAAUGUCUUUAAAAACCGCGAGCAAAGUAUAGAAUCAACGCUCCGCAAAGUCAACUUGGCGACGUUUUUGGUGGCUGCGCUUGGAACCAUCGAGGUGGGAUUUUUCUAUCUCAACGAAUUCUUUCUCAAUGUGUUCUGUCCGCCCCAUGGCCUCGAUGUGGAAAACCUGAUGUCCAACAUGUCGGCUGAAAACAUGAACUUGCAAACCGGGGCCAAUGGCGAUGCUGGACGUCUCCUCAAACCUCAGGCGCAAUUGUUCCUCGACCUUAAAACCCAAGCAUACAUAUCGGCGUUGGAAGUUGGCGACCGAUCGCGCGAGGACAUUCUUGACGAGAUUCUUCCGGACAUGGAACCGGUGCUUCUUGCUUGGCGUAAUUCUAGAAUGCUUACACCAGUGGAGGCCGAUUUUGUGGCCCGGUGUCGAGCUCGUAAAGACACGCUUCUCAGAUACGACGGACAUUCUCUUAGUGAGGAAUACGACUGGUUUGCGUUUCUUCGUGAUCUUUUCGACUAUGUGGGCAAGAACGUGGGAUAUGUAGUAUGGGGCCGUCGGCGUCGGCCGGCAUCGUCGAAUUCCGCAGCCGAAAAGAGUCGUCAACAAGAUUCUCACCGGGUCCAUUCUCACGACUACGACUACAACUAUACCGGAGAAGCAGGGUCUCACCACAAAAGUGCACCCCCAGCGCCCGCUCGCAACCCUGAACAGUUGGGCGAAAUCGACGAAAUCACAAGAAACCUUUUACCGUCGGAAAUUCAAGAGCAGCAAAUCCACCUUCGAUUUAAUCCAAAUUCAACGGUACGCAAUCCUCAGCGCCGGCCAUGGACUCGAGACGAGGAGAAGGCGCUUCGACAAGCGCUUGAGCUCAAGGGUCCUCAAUGGCUGACAAUUUUGGAAUUGUUUGGAGCCGGUGGAAAAAUAUCGGAAGCAUUGAAAAAUAGAAACCAGAUGCAACUCAAAGACAAGGCUCGUAACUGGAAGAUGUUUUUUUUGAAGACCGGUAUGCCGGUUCCCACGUACUUGCAGAAGGUGACAGGAGAUCUUGAACGAGAAGAUCGGUCGCGAGAAGCGAAAAGAAGUCGCAGCCGUAAAACCGCUGCUGCACCUGUCCCCAGUAUCAAGUGA